AUGGUUAUGAGGACUAGAAGGGCCAAGCGUGCUAGAGUGGAAGUUGAAUAUGAGGGGGGAGAAGAAUCCAAGUACUUCAAGAAAGAGAAGCCGGCGGCAGAAGUGGUGCCAGAGAGACCCAAGCCAGGCCCUCCGGAGGAUAGCAAAGUGGACGUUGAAAUGGUCAAGAAGAUGGGAUCUGACACUUACUACGACUGGGUUAAUGCGAGAACAAAGGAUGAGAUUACAUACGCGCCGUUGAAGGACGAGCCGCACUUCCCCCGCAACUUCGUCCCAAUAUACUCAAAAAUACGACUUAUGCGGUCGAAGAUUGAAACCCCUGUGGACCAUGUCGGAUGCGCGAUGAUACCCAUGACAGUAGGCCACGAGUUCGGUAUUGAGCAAGAACAGAUCACACCUAGGACCUACCGGUUCCAGUUGCUGAUAGCGCUAAUGCUCUCGUCGCAGACAAAGGACGAGGUUAACGCCAAGGCCAUGUUCAACCUUGUCGAAUACUGCAAGGAAGAACUGGGAGAGCCCGAGGGCGUCACUUUAGAUGCUAUGUUCAAAAUCGACCAGGAAACAAUUGCGCAGUUGAUAUAUCCUGUCAGCUUCUACACGCGCAAGGCGCUUUAUAUCAAAAAGACUAUAGAGUUGCUGCGAGACAACUUUGACGGCGACAUGCCUCCUGACAUCGCAGGGCUAGUUUCGCUGCCAGGAGUUGGGCCAAAAAUGGGAUAUUUGGCUCUUCAAAAAGCCUGGGGGAAAGUGGACGGAAUCGGCGUGGAUGUGCACGUAGACAGGUUGUGCAAAAUGUGGAAGUGGGUUGAUCCCUCGAAGGCAAAAUCGCCUGAGCAUACGAGGAAGUUGCUGGAAGAGUGGCUUCCUUACGAAUACUGGUAUGAGAUUAACCCUGUUUUGGUGGGCUUCGGACAGGUUAUAUGUCUUCCCAGGGGGAAAAGGUGUGAUUUGUGCAUGGCUAGUGACGUUUGUAAUGCAGCGGAUCAAAAACUGCUUCAGAAAGUGAGAAAUCCCAAAGAGGAACGUAAGAGUCGCGGGAACGUCUCGGAAUGGGUGAAAUAUAUGGAGAAAAGCACGCAUGCCAAGGAGGUGGUCAAAGAAGAAGGCGACGUCAAAAUCGCAUUGGACCAGGAUGAAAUCAAGGACGCAUAA